CCGAGGCUGGGACCGGGACGGGGCAGGAGCCAGGGGAGCUGGGAGGUGGCAGCAGUGCCCAGCAUGCGCCGGGGGCUCCCCACCAAAGAUGUACGUGGGUUAUCUGCUCGAGAAGGAUGCCAACAUGUACCCCAGCCCCGUCCGGCACCCGGGGCUCAACCUCAGCCCCCAGAGCUACGUGCCUUCUGCACCUCCAACUCAGUACUCGGACUUUCCCAGCUACCAACACGUCCAGGGGAUUAACAACGACCCUUCCCAGGGGCUGGCUGGGGCGGCCUGGUCUUCACCCUACCCCUCAGCCAAGGAUGAUUGGACUGCCUAUGGGCCAGGCCCCGCGGCGCCCACUGCCAGCCCGGCCCAGAUCAGCUACAGCCCUGCAGACUUUGGGGCCAUCCAGGCACCCCCGGGCCAUGGCCUGGGCCUCCUGCCAGCCUCUUUGAGCACCCCAGGGGCGCCGCUUUCCCCCACUGGGCAGAGGCGCACGCCCUACGAGUGGAUGCGGCGCAGUGGGUCAGCGGGCCACAGCAGCGGUAAGACUCGAACCAAGGACAAGUACCGAGUAGUGUACACAGACCACCAGCGCCUGGAGCUGGAAAAGGAGUUCCACUAUAGCCGAUACAUCACCAUCCGGAGGAAAGCUGAACUGGCCGUCAGUCUGGGACUCACCGAGAGGCAGGUGAAGAUUUGGUUCCAGAACCGUCGGGCAAAGGAACGGAAGGCAAACAAGAAAAAAAUGCAGCAGCAACAAAGUCAGCCAAACAGCACCACAUCCACCACACCAACCCCAGGCUUGGGCCCCCUGCCUCCCAACGCUCCCAUGGGAAGUUUGUGCACCAGCACCACAGGCCUGUUGAGCUCCUCACCGCUGACUAUAAAAGAGGAAUACCUGCCCUAAGACUCACCCCUGGCAGCAGAGCCAGACCAGGACAGGACACUACAGCAAUUUGGGGCAGAGUGUGGAAGUUAGGGCUGGAGCAGAGGACUCCUGGGUCAGCUGGAUGAAAAGGGGAAGGAUUCUGGCUUUCUGUAUCACCUGUGAAGUGGAAUGAACCAUUGCUUUAAGAACCAAGAGAUCUGGACACAAGUCCUAAUAUUGAACUGACUUCCUAUAGAAUUUUAGGCAACUCAUUUUCCCUUCUUUGUAGGACUUGGUUUUCUAACUGUAAAUGGGGAGAUAGUUUAGAUUAGAUGAUCUCUGAAGUCCCUUCCAAUCCUUAACAUUUUAUAAUCCCAUAGAUCUGAAAGGGUGAGAGGAAGAAGAUGUUCCUUCUAUUGCCCCAGGGCCCGUCCUUGCCUUCUGGUACCUGGGUCUCAGAGAGCAAAGGGAUCCACAUGAUUGGAUGGCCAAAGGCCAUCAAUAGGGCAGUCUGGGCCCUAGAAGCCCUAGGAAGGGCUCAAGAAGAAAAUCAAGUUAAAAAGAAUCAAUAGAGAGAAACUUUUGGGGCAAGUCAGAGGCUGGUGAAGGGGAAAAGAUUGGGGAGGACCAUUUCCUUUCAGCAAAAAAUCACUGAGUCAUCAAUAGCUUUAGCUUCAGCAAUAUUUUCUCAACAAGAGAACUAGAAUCUCAGACACCUAAAAUUAUAUAGAGAACCAGAGACAGGAAAAUGAAGGAAAUGGCCUCUUGUGAUACCUUCUUGUUGGAGGUACCACAUCAGUCCAAAUAUACUAUAUUCUACCUUUCUCUAGAAACAUUCCUCUUCUUCCUUGGACCGUCUUAAAACCUUUGCCUGGAGAGGAAAAACUGUCUUCUGGUGCCCUUCUCUAGCACUACCCAGCUCUCAAAUUUCCUUAAACUGCUUCUUUUUCCUUCUUCAUUCCUGGGGCAGGCACAUAGAGAGAGAUCAUGUGCAUACAUGUCUGUGCAAGGGAGAGAGAGGGAGAAUGGGGCUCCCAGUCCCUUCCAUUGUUCCCAGGCCUCAGUAUCCCUGGAUAGUAAAAACAUAUUGCUUCCCCUAGAAGGGAAUUGGAAUUCUCUAUUAUUCCAAACUUCUGGUCUCAACUCUCAGAAGGAAAACCCCUUUAGGGAUUGAAAGAAGUAAGUAAGGUACAGGAAGUACAUCAGAAAGGAGAAGUACCAACCUUGCCCAUGCUCCCUGGCUCCCCUUAAGUCCAUCUUCUUUCCAGGACUGGGUGGGCUUGCAAGUCAAGAUAUCUAGGAACUCUGGACCUGUCAGGACCUGGGAGGGACUGUCAGGCAUGUCUUGUAUAUAAAUACUUUCUGAGGAUGCAGUUGGAAAGUUAAAUGAUUUUUAAACCCACAAGAGAAGUAUAAACUUUUCAGUUCCUUCUGAAGCAGGGGUUUUAGUGUAAGUAUAUGGACAGAGCUAAAGAGAAACGUUUCCUAUGGGGUUUUCUCAUGAUGAUUUUAUGGAACCUUGAGAAGUGGGGAUCUACUCUUACCAUUUUACAGAUGUGCAAUCUGAGACUCAGGGAGGUGGAGUCACUCAAGUUCCCAGUGUAAAUGUUUAUGAAUAUAAAACUAAGACAAGCACAUUUGGUCAUUUCCAAAGUUAGCCUUUCUUUUACCCUAUUCCUUCAUUUUCAUUAGUAUCUCCCUACUCUGCUUUGGAACUGGAGGGAUUUGAGUAGAGGAUGGAUGUCACAGGCACAUGGGGUAUUAUGGAGGAGAGGAAAUCCUUUUACCAUAAAAUUUUUUCCUGUAGAAGGAAUUUAGAGAAAGGAUCACCUGAUAUCAGCCAAGAUAGAGAGAUCUAUGUCCCAAUUCCAUCUCUGAUAUUAGUUGUGUGGCUAUAGAGGACGUUAUAGAAGAGAUCAUAAUUGAAGAAAUGAAAAGGAUCUCAGGAAAUCUAAUCCACUAUCUCAUUUUAUAGUUGAGGAAACACCCACUAAGAGUAAUGAAGUGUGUAGCCCACAGUGUGAAGGUCACACAUCAUUUAAUCUUUCUGAGCCUCAGUUUCCUCAUCUAUAAAAUGAAAGAAUAAUCCUCACAGGACUGUUGUGAAGAUCUAGUGAAAUAAUGCUGUAAAAUGCUUUGCAAACCUCAGAAUGCUAUAUAAAUAUCAUCUAUAAUCAGACAGAUGAGAAAGCCUUGAAGGUCCCUUCUAGCCAUGGGUUUCAAUGAUUCUGUGUCUUUAUAUAUUCUUUCCUCUCAGCUGAUUUACAUGAGAAAUAAGAAUUUGGUCUUCAUUCAGAGAUAUUCCAGGAGUGCUUAAUGUUAUUUGUUAGCUUGAAUUUGCAUUGAAGAUAAUAUUUUUGGUGCUUCUGUGUAGGCCUGCCUCCUUCAUUCCAUUAAUUAAUACUCAAAGACUUGAUUAUAAGAAGUUGUGAACAAAAUCCACAGGUAUAAAAAUGUUCAUAGCAGAAUCAUUUGUGAUAAUAAAAGAGACAGAAAACAAAUAUUUACUCAACAAUUGGGUAAUAUCUGAGCAGGGUAUGGUACAUGAAAAUAAUAAAUUAAUAUUAGCACACUGCAAAGCCUAACAAAUGUGAAAAAUUGAGGGAAAACAUGGGAAUGGAGAACAACAAAAACUGAGCCAAAAAGAAUAAUAUAUAGAAUAACUAUGUGGUACAAUGAAAAGAGUUUGAAUUUUAUACAUAGCGGAUCUGAAUUCAAAUUCUGGCUCUGUUCUUUACCUAUAUAAUCUUAGAGAAGUCAUAACCUCUCUACAUCUACAUCUACGAUACAAGGAGGUUGGAAUAGAUGACCUUUCAGGUUCCUUCCAUUUCGAAAUCUAUGAUUUUCACUAAAAAAUAGAGCACUAAAAGAAAUCUUUACCAUAAGUCACUUAGAAUAGGACAGUUCCUACUCUCAUUCCCACCUCAAUCUGAAAUGUAGGAGAGAACCAGAUAGUAGACUCAAGAUAGGCCUUGGCAUUGUGAUAAUUCAUUUUAAGAGGAAACAUUAAAAAUAGAGCUCAAUGGGGACUAUUGAUCAUAAAAGCAAAGAGCCACACAGUACCUGAAAGUUUCACUCCAGCAAAAUAUCCCAAAUUCCAAACAAUCCAUAUACCUGCAUCAAUGGUCCUUUCUACUGGAACUCCCUUAUCUAAAAACUUGUUGUAGCUAGCUUUCAAAUAACCAGAAUUUCUGAGGAGAAAUUGAAACAUCCCUUUAGUGAAAAGAAUAAGCCCUCAUAACAAAUAUAUAGGCAAAUGAAACAUUCCCACAUUAAUCAUAUCCAAAAGUUAUGUCUCAUUUAUUGUGAGACUACUAGAUUUUGAAACAAUUUGCCAUUUUUUUCUCUAACUUGUUUUACAAAGGAAACUGACAUAGUGUUAAGUGAGUUGCCCAGGGUCACAACUAAUAAGUGACCAAGAUCAGAUUUGAACUCUAGGCUUCCUAACUCCAGGCUCAGUGCUCUAUCCACUGGGCCAUCUAGCUGCCCCAUAUUUUAUUCUUCAUUUUAAGUCCACUGUCUCUCUCAGAAAGUGGGUAGCAUUCCUCAUAAUCAGCCCUUUAUGGAAUCUUUUUCUUUUUUUUGAAUAUUUAUUUUUGUUUCCUUUUUUUCUGUUAUACAUGUACAUUAAUUUUUUAAAUACACAUUUCUUUAUGAAUCAUGUUGGGAGAGAAAAAUCAGAACAAGGGGAAAAACAAUGAGAAAAAAAAAUGAACAUGGCUUGUAUUGGGUUACAUUUAUUUUCCACAGCUCUCUCUCUGGAUACAGUUGGUGUUUUCUAUCCAAAGUUUAUUGGAAUUGCUUUAGAUCACCGAACCUCUGAGAAGAACCAAUUCUUUCAUAGCUGAACCUUGCACAAUCUUUCUGUUGUGUACAUUGUAUCCCUGGUUCUACUUGUUUCUCUCAUUAUCAGUUCAUGUAAAUCUUUCCAGACCUUUCUAAAA